CAGUUUAACCUUAGAAAUCCAUUUUCUAAUCAGUUCCUCUAAAUUCAACUCGAGUUCCAAGUUUCCGCUCGGCGCUAAUCUAUCUUGUCCUUCUUCCGGUAAAGCUUUGCGAGUGGUUUACCCGCCCACCGUUUCCGGAGAAAUUCUUCUCUCCGGUCAAUCCUCGCCGGAAUAUACCAACAACGGUCAUCUGCCACCUCGCUCGCUGUUCGCGGUGCCCUUGUUUCGUGGGGGGUGAGGGUAGCGUCCUCUCCUUCCCUUCAUUUAGCUCUCCUUUACCAGCUAUUAUCUCCCCAGGAGCUGUCGAGAGUCCGGAGAUCCGAUCCAAUCACCGGCUGAUUCCGAGUAGGUUGAGACGAUCCCCACCUUCGAACUUGCUGAGGUCACACGGAAUCAUCAAUAAUGUCCAUGUCGGAUUCUGAAUCGUCGUCCAGUGGGGAUUACAAGAACUUCCGACAGAUCACAAGAGAGCGGCUAUUAUAUGAAAUGCUUCGAACAACUAGGGCUAGAGAUCCAAAACCAAUAUGGAAGGUACUCAUCAUGGAUAAACUUACGGUCAAAAUCAUGUCAUGUUCUUGUAAAAUGGCCGAUAUCACCGAGGAAGGGGUAUCAUUGGUGGAAGAUAUUUACAAACGAAGGCAACCGAUGCCGUCAAUGGAUGCUAUAUAUUUUGUACAGCCUACCAAAGAAAACGUUGCCAUGCUCCUGUCUGAUAUGUCUGGGAGAUCUCCUUUGUAUAAAAGGGCUUUUGUUUUCUUCAGUUCUCCGAUAUCUAGAGAAUUAGUCUAUCACAUAAAGAAUGAUGGAAGUGUAUUUCCUCGCAUAGGUGCACUGAGUGAGAUGAACCUGGAAUACUUUGCCAUUGACAGUCAGGGCUUCAUUACUGACCAUGAGAGGGCUUUAGAGGAUGUGUUUGGUGAUAAUGCAGAAAUUUUACAGACGCACAAUGCCUUUAUACAUUCUAUGGCCACACGCAUUGCAACAGUAUUUGCUUCAUUGAGGGAAUUUCCCUAUAUACGCUACCGUGCUGCCAAGUCAUCAUUAGAUGCUUCUACUUUGACGACCUUUCGUGAUUUAAUUCCAACAAAGCUUGCUGCUGCUGUCUGGCACAGUCUUGCCAGGUAUAAAGCUACAAUUCCUAACUUUCCACAAACUGAGACCUGUGAGUUACUAAUCAUUGACCGUUCAAUCGAUCAGAUUGCACCUAUCAUUCAUGAAUGGACAUAUGAUGCUAUGUGCCAUGAUUUAUUAAAUAUGGAGGGAAAUAAAUAUGUUCAGAAGGUGCCAAGUAAAACAGGGUCAACCUCUGAAAUUAAGGAGGUCCUUUUGGAGGAUCAUGAUCCUAUUUGGCUUGAACUUCAGCACAUACAUAUAGCCGAUGCUAGUGAAAGGUUACACGCAAAGAUGACCAACUUCAUAUCAAGAAAUAAAGCUGCGCAAAUUCAUAACAACUCAAGAGAUGGUGGUGAACUUUCAACUAGAGAUUUGCAAAAAUUGGUUCAAGCAUUACCUCAAUACAGCGAACAAAUCGACAAGCUUUCUCUACAUAUUGAAAUAGCAGGGAAGAUUAACCAAUUAAUUAGAGAAUUGGGACUUAGAGAAAUUGGGAAACUGGAACAAGACCUCGUUUUUGGAGAUGCAGGGACGAAAGACUUGAUCAAUUUUUUUAGGACAAAGCAGGAUGUCACUAACGAGAAUAAGAUCCGUUUAUUGAUGAUUUAUGCGGCUAUCUACCCAGAAAAGUUUGAUGGUGAUAAUAGAGAAAAGUUGAUGCAGCUGGCGAAGCUAUCUGCUGAUGAUAUGAAUGCCGUGCAUAAUAUGAGUUGCUUGACAUUACCGGAGAGCAAAAAAACAUCCGGUGGCUUCUCACUCAAAUUUGAUGUUCAUAAGAGAAAACAUGCAACCAGGAAAAACCGGAGUGAUGUAGAAGAAACAUGGCAACUAUCAAGAUUUUACCCAAUUAUUUUGGAACUCAUAGAGAAGCUCAGCAAAGGUGAUCUACCAAAGAAUGAGUAUCAGUGUAUGAAUGAUCCAAGCCCUUCAUUCCAUGGAACCUCAAAUGGUAGAUCAGUUCGAGCAAAUGACAGUCACCUCGCUCACUCUAUGAGAUCCAGGCGUACUGCCACAUGGGCUAGGCCUCGUAGUUCCGAUGAUGGAUAUUGCAGCGAUUCUGUUCUUAAGCAUGCCUCUAGUGAUUUUAAAAGGAUGGGCCAACGCAUUUUUAUUUUUAUUAUUGGCGGAGCCACCCGUUCUGAGCUUCGUGUAGCUCAUAAACUCACCUCAAAACUGAAGAGGGAAAUUAUUCUCGGAUCAACUAGUCUUGAUGAUCCUGCACAGUUUAUUACGAAAGUGAAGCUGCUCUCUGCUGAGGAAAUUUCUCUGGACGACAUUCACAUUUAAUUCAGGCGUAUCCGUUGUCUUUUAACUCCUGGAACUAGCAGAUUGAGAUUAUAUAUUUCACAGUAGAAGCAAUAUUCAUGAUUAUUUUGUAUAUCAGGGGGUUAGUAGUCUCCAUGAGCAAGCACAUUAUCGAGGAAUUCAUCACUAUUUUAUGAUGUAGAUAUUGGCUUCCAUGACCUGAACCUGUAAAUAGUACAUACAUGUACAUGAACAAUGACAUCAAGUGUAAACUCAUUGUCCAGUUACAUAAUUUAACAACAUCUGCCUUUUUUAUUA